AUUACAAAACAAGAUGUAUCCCGAGUAAGGCAACCAACAGAAAUAAGAUUGCACUGUAAAUGGGGAACGAGCAAAACGUCCCGAAGGGCCACCUCGGCCGAGAGUCACACGUGACCACAUUGAGUGGCAGUGCCUUCCACGAGUCAAUACUUUGGAGAGUCCAUUCGUUCGGCCAUUUUCCUUCACUGAAGAAAAUUUCUUUCGUUUCUGCAAUUCGGCGAAGAAGGAAAUUCUUUCCUUUCUGCAAUUCGGCGAAGAAGGAAGGAAAGUUUGGAGACUUUCCUCACUUCCCUAAACCAGGGAUAAUGUUCCAAGACAUCACAACUUUGCUGUUGAAUCAUAAGGCCUUCAAAGACACUGUUGACUUUCCAUAGGUAUGUGAUAAGUCAUUUUUGUAUUAAUUCUUUUUAUUCUUUUUUAGGCAUUUUUAAGAUUUUUAGAGUUUAAUUUUUAGUUGUUUAGCAUAGUUUUAUUUUAAUUUCUAUUCUUACAAUCUUUUAAUUUUCUUUCAAAAAAUAGUAGUUUUUUAAUCAUUUUUUUUACAUUCUAUUAUUUUUAUUUUCCCUAACCCAAAAUUAUCAGAUAUCUUAUUUUUUGGAGAAAAGUGUAGCAAAAAAGGCCAAAUUGAAGCUCAAGUUUGAAAAGAAGAGGUUGAAUUUGGGCCAAAGCCCAAAAUCAUCAACAAAACAAGUCCAGUCCCGUCCCUGUUUAGUUUCACGCAAGAAUGAAAAGCUACGUCAGCG